UCGUGCGGCUCCAAUCCAUCAAUGGCGAUUUGAAAUUGUACAUGAACAUCCUUAGAAUUAGAACCCCUUCAGUAUUCUCCUUGUCCAUGAAAGUUGAGGAAGGUAAAUAGGAGGGAUAGAAUGAAAGGGUUCUAAUUCAAUUUGGGUUUUAUUGAUAAAUGAUUCAAUCAAUCCUCCAGGAACAACCAUAUUGAGCUUUAUAUUGAGGAGACAAAAGGACAUAAUUACACGGCAAAUAGUACAUUUCAAAAAAAUCUCAACGUUCUUCUUCCUAAACUUUCCUCAGCUGUCCCUUCGCUCAUAAAAAAAGGAUACUACAGCGUCUCAUUUGGGCAGAACCCCGAUGUCGUUUACGGAUCUUUACAGUGUAGAGGUGCUGUUCCAUUAGAAGGUUGCCAAGAUUGUGUUAGAGAAUGUACUCAAAAGAUAAAAGAAAAUGAUAGAUGUCCAAAUUCUAAACAAGCAAUUAUUUGGUACAGUAUAUGUAUGAUAAGCUUUACGUAAUUUACUGAAUGGUACAGCAGGAGAAGUUGGGAUUAAUAAUUUUGCUACUACGUAUGCUAUUCUUAAUGAUUUUCAAGAGGUAUAUGGAUUAGUACAGUGUACUGCAGAUAUAUCUUCAAAUAGUUGUUAUCAAUGUCUUGUUGGAGCUAUAUCUGAAAUACCACAUUAUGUGGGACAAGGUGGAAGAUCAGUUAUGCCUACUUGUAAUUGGAGAUAUGAACCAUAUUUUUUCUUUGAGUAUACGAUGAUGACUCCUUCACCACCUCAGCUAUCUUCUCCUAAAACAAACUCAAAGGGAAACAACUCAUCCAAACUUGCUAUCAGAAUAGUCGUCCCAUCAGCUAUCGCAAUAUUUCUCACCAUUGCCUUUUGGUUUCUCUGUUUCUGGAGAAAGAAAUCAAAGACAAAGAAGUUUGAUUAUGUGGAUGAUGAGAAUCCUAGUACAGAAUACUUGCAAUUCAACUUUGGUAUAGUAAGUGCUGCAACAGAUAAUUUCUCUGAAGCUAAUAGACUCGGAGAAGGUGGAUUUGGAUCUGUUUAUAAGGGUACACUUUCAGACAGCUGGCAAGAAAUAGCCGUGAAGAGGCUAUCCAAGAAUUCCGGACAAGGUGAGCAAGAGUUCAAGAAUGAAAUUACCUUGGUAGCUAAACUUCAACACCGAAAUCUUGUGAAGCUCGUUGGUUUCAGUCUAACCGGUGAAGAAAAACUUCUCAUCUACGAAUUCAUGCCAAGUGGAAGCCUUGACCAAUUCUUAUUCGAUCCGAUUAAACGUGCACAUCUGGAUUGGGACCGACGAUACAGGAUAAUUGGAGGUGUAGCAAGAGGACUAGUCUAUCUCCAUGAGGAGUCUCGGCUUAAAAUCAUCCAUCGAGAUCUCAAAGCAAGUAAUAUAUUAUUAGACAUAGACAUGAAUCCUAAAAUUGCAGAUUUCGGCAUGGCAAGGCUUUUUGUCCUUGACCAAACUCAAGCUAGUACAAUCAGAAUUGUUGGAACUCAUGGCUACAUGGCUCCGGAGUACAUAAUGCAUGGAAAAUUCUCUGUGAAAUCAGACGUUUUUAGUUUUGGUGUCUUAGUUUUAGAGAUUCUUAGUGGACACAGGAAUAGCUCUUUUCAAGGAUCAGAUAUUGCUCGGAACCUUUUGAGCUAUGCAUGGAGACUUUGGAAAAAUGGAUCUGCUAUAGAGUUAUUAGAUCCAACUUUGAAGGACAGAUGUUCUAGAAGUGAAGCGAUGAAAUGCAUCCAUGUUGCGUUAUUAUGUGUUCAAGAAAAUGUUGCAGAUAGACCCACGAUGCGUACAGUUGUUCAAAUGCUCAACAAUUCUGUGAUCAGUCACGAUUCACCAUCACUACCUGGAUUUUUUGCUGGUAGUACUAGGCAUACAGAGCCCCCGUCGACCUUAAGCCUGGGAUACAGUGAAGAACAAGUAAAUGUGAGGUCCAAUCCAAUCACCGAAGCAGUAAGUUGGAGCGUGAAUGAAAUUUCAGUCACCGAAUUAUACCCUCGAUGACAAUACACUACUAAAUUUCCAAAGAAUACAAUCUUGUAAGUUGUAACUUGUUCUUUUGUCUGCUUUUUCUGUAAAUUUAUCGGCACUCAUACUUAUAAUACUCAUCAUUCAUUUAGGAAUUGGAGAUAGAUUCAAUUCUUACAGUAAUACUUGUAAUAUGAUAUUCUUAGACUGUUUUUGUGAGCUUAAUUCAUUUUUUAGCUG